AUGGCCGACAGGGAGUUUUCACUGAACACCUCCUGGGCAGGAAACCCAUCCCUCCCGGUUGACUCCUCUGCAUUCCCCACCUCCUCCACCUCCCAACCCGCCACUUCCUACUCCUCCACCUCCCUGUCCUCCUUCACUGGGCUGGACCUCCUAUUUGACCUCAAACCCCUGUUUGUCCCUCUGUACUCCAUGGUGAUUCUGGUCGCCUGCUCUGGCAACCUUUUCCUGCUCCUCUUCAUUGGCCUGAACAGGAAGAGGCACAACACCACCAACUUCCUCAUUGCCAACUUGGCGCUGGUGGACCUGGUCAUGUGCAUCGUCUGUGUGCCGCUGACGGCCUCCUAUGCCUUCGACAGGCGGGGCUGGCUCUUCGGACGCUUCAUGUGCCACUUCGUCACCUUGAUGCAGUCGGCCGCGGUUUUCGCCGCCGUUCUGUCGCUCGCAGCCAUCGCGGUGGACCGGUACAUCGUCGUGGCCUACCCCAUCCGCAGGCGCGUGGGAUGCCAGUUCUGCUGGGGCUUGGUGGCGUUCAUCUGGUUGUUCAGCCUGGCACUCUCGACGCCCACGGCGCUCCACACCGGCUACCUGGACCUGAGCGCCACGGGGCUACACAUGGCCGUCUGCGAGGAGUUCUGGCAUGACUGGGAGCUAGGCCGUGUCAUAUACUCCGGCUUUGUCCUAUCCUUCUCCUACUUCGUGCCGCUCACUGCUGUGUCCGUCUCGCACCUCGCCAUCUCGUGCCACUUGAGACGAAGGAAAGUUUCCAGCUUGAUGGCGAUGGGUCCCGCCUCUAAUCAAGUCAGCUGGGGGCGAAAGAGGAGGAAGACGUUCUGCCUCCUGCUUGUGUCCGUGCUCUGCUUCGCCUUCUCUUGGCUGCCGCUCCAGGUGGUUAACCUCAUCCGCGACCUGGACACGGACUUCACCAUCCUGGACAAGAGCCAUGUGAAUGUGAUCCAGGUGUCCUGCCACCUGUUCGCCAUGUCCUCAGCGUGCUACAACCCGUUCAUCUACGCGUCUCUCCACGAUAAGUUCCUGGCCUUCAUGUGUCGCCGCUUCCUCUUCCCCCGUCACAGAGGAGGGGAGGGUCGGGGGACAGGGGGGAGCCUCUCAACGUCCCACCGAUUGACCCGCGUGAACAACUCCUCCUCCCGGGGUGAGACUCUGGUGGCCCGGGGCAACAAGAUAACACAUAAGAGCUGGACGAUCAGAACGGCCCCCAAGUCCUUGACUACUACAGUGAACCAGAAGCACUAG